AUGUCUGGAAAGGAGCCCGUUCUCACCUCUAACGCCCCCAAGCCUCUGCCCGGCAUCUACAGCCAGGCCAUCAAGGCCAAUGGCAUGGUCUUUGUCUCUGGCGCCGUGCCCAUGGACCCCGUCACCAUGGAGCUGAUUCCCGGCGACAUCCAGGCUCACACCCACCAAUGCAUCAAGAACCUGUCUGCCAUCCUCGAGGCUGCCGGCACCAGCCUGGAGAAGGUCGUCAAGGUCAACGUCUUCCUGGCCGACAUGGGCGACUUUGCCAAGAUGAACGAGGUCUACAGCACCUACUGGGGCGACGUCAAGCCCUGCCGAACAUGCGUGGCUGUCAAGACCCUGCCGCUGAACACGGAUGUCGAGAUUGAGUGCACUGCUGUCCUGUAA